GUUGCAAACAGCUAAACAGCGCAGCAAGCAAGAGCAAGCAGUCCCGUUUGCAGGGCUGACAGGCUGACGUGCUCAUCGUUUCAAGGCGCCACCGUCAAUCGAGCACGCCACUCAGAACAGAAGAACACUCCUCUUCAAAGCACACUCUCCAAGCAUGGCAACAACCCACACACACGGCCACACCACGGCCGGAUCGGUGUGGUGGAUUCGGUGUUCAGAUGGCUUUGCAACCAUCCAGGAGGUCUUAAAGUCGCACGGUCUACACGAGGGCGAAGGGAAGGAUUACGUGCUGACCGUGUUUCCCAACGGUGCGCUGAAACUCACGUUCGCGUCCCCGCAGCAAGCGGUUGCAGGCUUCGAGGCAAUGAAGAAGAAGUUCCCGGCAACCUCUGUCGCCUCGUCUGAACUACAACAAAUGGCACAGUCUGCGAAGACGCAGGAGCAACAACCACAGCAACGCCAACAGCAGCAAAAGGAGCAGCAGCACCAACACCAAGAACCGCAGCAGCAGCAGCAGCAGCAAGAACAGCGACAGCAAGAACAGCGACAGCAACGGGGACAACAACGACCUUCCACCGCUUCUAGCUCCUCAGGCGCCAGCGGGCGCUCGUUUGCUCAAGUUGUCGCGCAUACAUUUGAACCACAGGGAGGCUGUCAGAGCACGCCUCGCCAACCUACGCAUGGUGGCGAUGACGAUGAGCGCUCCUCCGAUCGCUUGACCACACCAAGACCAAAGCGCCGCGCCUCUGCCGCUGCCAGCCACGUGUAUCAGCCAGUGGCAAAACCACUCACUGAUCCUGUGAGCGAGGAGAAUGAGGAGAAAGCAACAACGCAAGAGCUUCAAGCCCUGCAAGCCCUUGUGCAACAGCUUGCCCGCGCAGAGACGCAGAUGGCCGCACGUGCCAAGCUCAUGCUCGUGGGUGAGGGUGCUGCUGGCAAGACCUCAACGCUUCGGUCCUUGCUCGGUGAAAGCUUUUUGGAUGAGCUGCCGUCAACGCAAGGCACAGAAUCAAAGGAAAUCACGGCCGACUCCACGACCUCCACACCAUGGAAGGUCGAGCAGGAUUCUCGUUCCGAGUUGUCGCGAUGCUUGCUUGCGACGGCGUCACACGCACGUGAUCCCAAUCACCUCACUCCCCACUCUCAGGCGCCGAGACAGGCAACUGCUCACCCAUCAAGCACAGCAAGAUCUCAGCAACCUCAGCAGUCUGAACCCCGAGAGCAACAGCAGCAGGGCGACCAGCGACGCGAACCUCCUCCAAGUCCCCCCACGCUCUCCGCAGACUUACAACAGGCCAUUCGAGACGUCGCACUUGCUGCAACACUGGGUGAUGGCUGGCAGACACAAGUGACGUUCAAAGUCUUUGACCUGGGGGGCCAAUCCACUUUCUACAUCUUCCACCCCUUUUUCCUGACAAAAUACGCUGUGUACUUGGUGGUGUUUUCCAUGCGCAAGCUGCUACGAGGAACGCAACACGAGAAGACGGAGACGUGGGAUUUCCUGGCGUACUGGCUCUCCUCCCUGCACCUCCACGCCAACGGUGCCCCAAUCUUCAUCGUUGGCACUCACGCGGACGAUUUCCCCGACCAAGAAGAAGGUGAACACGUUUCCAAGCGCGUUUCUGAACACGUUUCUGAACGCAUCCGUGCCCGCUUGAGCAGCAACCCAGCCUUUCAGUCUGUCGUUUACAAUGACCCGCACAGGCUGUGGUUCUGGCCUGUCGACAACACGCGAUCGGCAGAGGACCCCAUGAUACAGGACCUGCGCAAGGCCAUCUCUGCCACAGCCCUUGAACAACCCUACGUCACGCAGCACAUGCCCGUCUCAUACCUGAACCUGUACGACCAGCUCAAUACCCUCUCCAGGGACCGCCAGGACCGCUCGCUGUUCACAAUGCAGGAAGUUGAUGCGGUUGCCCGCACAUGUGGGCUGCGCACACGCGAGGAGACCACGGCUUGCUUGCGGUUCCUCCACCUGUACUCCAUGCUGUUCUUCUAUGACCACGUGCCAGGGAUGCAGGACUACGUGAUCCUGAGUCCGCAGUGGGCGGUGGACAAGAUGACGCGCGUGAUCCGCAAUUUCAGCGUGCACCCUGACCCACAGCGUGACCCAAAGGCGCAAGCCCUCGGCGGCGUCUGGGACGACCUGGUGCAGCGCGGCAUCCUGCACCGCUCUGUGCUGGACGUGCUGUGGAGUGACAUGCACGACCAAGCGCCCGGCCUCGCUGACCCAUUCCUCAACCUCAUGCUGGAGUAUGGGCUGUGCGUCGAGUACACACCACCUGCUGACGCUGAUGCUGAUGCUGGUGCUGGCCAUGCCUUUGAUGCUGCUGUUUCCCGUGAGAACCGCGCCGCCCAACAGCAGCAGCAUCAACAGCGCCUGCGGCAGUACGUGGUUCCAGCCAUUCUGCCCAUGACGCUGGGUCCUGCUCAGGAAGGGGUGACUUCGCUGACGCUGAGCACGACAGCAGCCGCACAGCUGUAUCCUUACCCUGGAUACGAGUCGGAGGCUGUUUACAUUGUAUUCAGCUUUGAAUUUUUUCGGCGACGGGCGAGCGUGACCGUUGGAGACGUCAAGGCUGCCGCCUUUAUGCCAGAGGGCCUGUUUCCACUAAUUCUGGCAAGCGUCAUGGAACACGCGCAGCACGGAGCACGAGACCAUCCGUGGCUGAGCCGCACCCGUGCCAUCAUCGACACCGACGUGGCUGAGAUUGAGCUGCAACUUGUCCCUGCUGUUGGUGGCAUCAGGCUCAAGGUCUCCCAUCACCACGCUCAGCCUCGGACAUUGUUGCAGGCUCUUCCUGCCGGCAUUCACCGUGCCGUGUCUGCACGCUACCGCGACCUGAACAUGCAUGUGCUGGUGCCAAACGACGAGACCACGCUGCUGUUCACUGGCGAUGUGCGCCAUCACCACAAGCAUCGACGACCAAUUCGGAUUGGGCCAACAGUCACACUGGCGCCACAAGAGCUGAGCAGGAGGUAUCGUCAUCUGCUUCCAAUCGACGAGGUGCAGGACUGCCACGACGUCUUCCUCAGCUACAGUGCCGAGACGGACGCAGUGGUUGCUGCGUCUUUUGCUGACCGCCUGCAGAUCCAAAAUGUGUCAGUGGUUGCUGACCCCUGGGAGGUCAUUGUGGGUCACGAUAUGUGCCGCGCUCGACUCGUGAACAUCGCCCACAGCACCGUUGCCAGCCCAGUGUUGUCUGCUCGCGCCUUUCAGCAGGUGAAGCGGCAAUGCACACGCAACGUUGCGUGUGGGCUGCUGCUGGACUGGACAGCCAUCGUCGUCAUGUUCAGGGCAGCAUCAGGCGAUAUGGAUGGCGCCCGAGACAAGCUGAUGAUCCGGCGAAUUGCCCCAGUGACGCUCAGGCGGCCAACGCCGGACCUGGUGCAGCUGGAGGCACUGGUGCAGGAGCUACCAGAUACACCGCACAAGCCAACCAUGCUGGAGAUUGCCAAUUAUUUCACUGUGCUCGGCCUGCCGCUGCCAGUAGCGAUGAGCGUGCGCACGGUUGCGAGCACGCUGCUCAACGCCCUCUCACGCGUGAUGCGCCACACUCCCGCGGCAGCCCCUUUUGACCAUCACAUGCAGCAGCAGGUGGGCGUGGUCCACGACGCUGUGACACUUGAACUUCGCCUGCGGACUUCGACGCAGGCUGAUCUGCUCACACCGGAUGGACGUGAGGGGAAGGCACGCGACCUGUACGCCUCCAUCCUCAACCACCUGUGGCAGCUGUCUGCCGAUGAACGCCACGUGCUUGCUGCGCAGUGCGGCAUGAACCACAUCCGCCCGCAUACCCCCGCUGCAGCCUUUGUGAACAGCUUGGAGACGCGUGCACCGCCAAACUGCAAUGCAAACGAGGCGUGUUACCUGAGCAGUGCGUCUGCCAACACGUUGCAGCCUCUGUUGGAGUGCGUUGAAGCGACCCUCGGACCGAACCACAUCAUCGCUGUGCAGAUUCGCCAACGGCAACGAGUUCUGUAAACGACGGUGACGGAAGGGGGGAAGGUGUAGAUGCGUGUAGAUGUGUGUCUGUGGGUUAGCGUGUGUGUGCGUGUGUGUCUGUGUGUCUGUGUGUGCGUCUGUGUGUCUGUGUGUCUGUCUGUGGAUUUGCGUGCCUGUGUGUCUGUCUGUGGAUUUGCGUGCAUGUGCACAGACUUCACUUCACAGUUCCCGUCAGCACGAAUUUGCUGUCCUGGUGGUUUUUUUUUUUUUGAAUUUCCUUUGUUGUGCUUCAUGUUUUUUUUUUCUGUGAAACACGUGUUUCCUUUUGUUGUGACCCUUUCCCAAAACGCCGAAAAGGCAAUGAAAGCUCUUUGGAAACGGAAA